AUGUCGACUGCUGCUGAUUCGAAGGAAACCAAGACUGGAGUUGAGAAGAGCGAGUCUUCGCUUCGGCGAAGUUUGAGAGUGGCUGGAUUGCCAGCCGUGGUGCCGACGGAGACUGGGACGUCCAGGGCGAGAAGAUCGACUGCGGGAGCCCGGACACCCAGUGCUGAGGGAGAAGCUGCAUCGUCAGGCGAGACUACGCCAAGCGCUGAGCCGGAGGUGCCACUAACGACGGAAACCGCUGUGCCACCACCAAGUUCGCCCGAGAAGAAGAAUGAGGAUGAACAAGGUGGUGGAGCGGGUACUCAGCCAAGUGCUCGUGUUGGUGAAAGUCCAAGCCUGGGAGAGCCUGCUGUGAGUCGAGCGUUGACGCCGCGCAGGACUUCUGAGGCUGCGACUGCAACUUCUCAGCCGCAAGGUGUUAACCCGAAGCCAACUGCUGCGGAUCUCCGCAGUGGCCAAGCCGAGGGUGGUGCACUGAGCAUGCUCGCGUACGGCCGAACCCAGUUCGAGAUGUGGAUGUCUGUGCCUGCUGGAGUCGUGCACCUGGUGGAUGGGGCCUAUUCACCAUGUCAUGGAGGCUACGAUCUCUGGGGUUUCAUCCGAGUGGCUGGAGCUACGGCCAGAAACUUGGUGUCUGUGACUCGGUCGCCCGCUGCGAGAUGGCUGAACGUGUUCCAUGCUGAACGUCGACGGAUUCCUGCCACGAUGCUGCAUGAAGCUGGCUAUGAGUUCCUGAACCAAGUCCCAGUGUGGCACACGCUGUCUGAAGUUGCUGGAGUCCCGGACUCGCAGAUCCGGUUUGAGAUCGAGCGCAUCGCCCGAUUCCUCGGAGCUGAGCCCAGUGCCUGGAAGGCUGCGGUCGGGUCAACCCCAUACUACUUGAGGCCGACCUCAGACUCUCAGCUGAUGGCCGCUCAAGCUGCCGAGACUCAAGUUGGAUUCCCUCUGGACCAGGAUGGAGACGCGAUCAUGGAUGAGGACACUCAGCUGUUCCUGGGGCCCGAAGUCGUGAUGCGCCUUCAGCUCACUGGUCUCAGACCUCGAAGUCCGACCUCAAGUGUCGAAGGCGAGCCUUCUCGAAAGCGUGCAUUGCUGACGAGGUCUUCUGGUAGUGGCUCGAUCCCGAGCUACCACGAGUCUGGCGAAGCUCCUGCUGAGACUGCGCUCGGAUUCCGUAAUGACCGAGUGCGAAGCAUGGUUGGUGCAAGCUCUGGUUCCGACAUGUCUUUGAUGGUCACGGAUGAAGGGGGAAACCUGUUUGGAAUAAGUUCCUCUGGUUCCUCUCUGAUGUCUAUGACUGACUACAUGGUUGGGACUGGGACGCACAUGCCCAUGUCGACGGCGACGGUGAUGCGAGGCUCAGCUACGACGAUGUCCCGCAGCUCAUUCCCGGGAAUGAAGAUCUCAGUCACACCUCAGCUUACUCAGGCUGGUCCCAUACCGCUGCCAGGCAGUCCUGAGUCCAAGCGUUCAGCCCCGAAGCAAGCUGAGACCCGACAAUCGAGCGAGACUACCGGCGAGCCCUUCAGCAGAGCGGAGCAAGCCCGGCUGCAGGAGGAGUACCGGAAACUUCAGGCGACCAACGUUCGGAUGUCCGAAGCCCAACAACAGGCCAAGACGGAGCAGCAGAAGCAGCUUGAAGCCUUGGAGAAGCUGGCCCAGCGCCGCGCUGCCGAAGAAGCUGAGAAGCCCAAGGCGGACGAGCGGAAGGCACAGGAAGAACGAGCUGUCGAGUUCAAGACUGAGCACGAGCGGGAACUACUGAGGCUGAAAGAGAAGCAUGCGCAGGCAGAAGCAGAGCACCAGUGGGUCAUGCAGGAGCAGGAGGAGAAGACUUGCCAGCUCCUUGCAGCCCAGGAGCAGCCCGGUCUAUAUCCUGGCCCCGUCUCCUCGACUGCUGGACGUCUCACGAGCGUGAUGCAGCAGCUGCUCCAAGCCAACCAAAACAAGUCUGAGGUGACUGGUAUGAGCCACAGUGCUGGCAAGAUCCAAGGUUCGGCCAAGCGUGCUGAGACCAAGUCUAAGUCUCGCGCAUCAAGCGCGACGUCUGGCGCGAAGGGCAAGGCUCGGGCGACCAAGCCUGGCAGGCCCGGAGACUCGGACGGGGACGACUCUGGCUCGGACGACUCAAGCUCAAGUGAUUCGUCGCAAGAUGAGCUCGAAGGACAGUUUGGUGCUGUGGCGCAGCCUAAGGGGACUGAUACCAGUUCUGGAACCCGCGUGGUCGCUCAAGCGAUGAUUCCCCAUGAUGCUUUGGAGAAGUUCGACCAGAAGGGACCGCUGGAGGACCGAGUCAACUGGUGGGAGAGGUUCAUGCACUACGCUACGAUGGCCCCCUGGGACGAGAAGACCCGGGUGGUCCAGUUACGCAUGAGACUCACUGGUUCCCUCAAGGAUUGGCGCACUCAGCUAACGGAUGACGUUCGAUCGGACUGGAAGAAGUUGUCUCACGUCUUCAAGAAGGAAUGGUGCCGCACGCUGAGCUCCAAGGCCGAGCGGUACUACUCGAUGGAGAUGAAGGACUCCGAUACACCUCGGAUGUUCUUCUACCGUCUGAACCAUGUCACCAAGAAGGCUGGAAUCCCGUAUCGGGGACCGACCGCUGAGGACUACUCUUCGGGAAAGCGUUUUGAUACUUUGGAUGAAUUGGAGAAAACCCUGAAGAGGAUUGAGGAUCUCCGCCAAGACGAGAGCUAUGAGCAGAAGCGGCGCCCAGCGCAAGGACUUCAGUUUGGACGUUUCAAACCUCCACAGCCUCGAGCUGAGGGACGUGCGUUCAAGGCGGAAGGUGUGGAAGUUGACCCAAGUCUGGGACGACAUGCACACUUCCAGGAUGACUACGACCUGAAGUACGAGGCUGAUUCUGCAGAAGAUGUGGACCGCUCGGCUGAGCGAACCGUGUCUUCUCCUGUCCCCGCGCCAGCUCCUGCUGCUGCAAGCUCAGCUCAGGCUGAGCCCAGUCGCUCUACCUCCCUGACCAAUGAAGAAAUUUUCCGAGUCGCUGAGAAAUUGGCCUGGAAGCCGAACGCUCAGUGCUAUGACCGUGGAGGAGACCAGCACCCAGAGCAGAAAUGUGACGAAUGUGGCAGUCGUAACCACCCGACUGACAAGUGCUGGAGCCGACUUAUCUGUGGGCGAUGCCACGAUGAGGGUCACCCGACCCAAUUCUGUAGGCGUCAGACGUGUUCCAAGUGUGGCGAAUACCAUCGCCGUGGUUUGUGCGAUAUGUGGUCGGCGCUCAAGGCGGUACGCGAGGCAAUCCGUACUGGAGGUUCGGUCGAGGGCCUCGCUCCUGAGGUAAUCCAAGCUCUGUUGGAUAACCCGGAGCUCCGAGAGAAAGAUAACCCCGAAUGUGCAACUUCUUAUCAUGAAGCUGGUGUUUAUACUUUCGAUCCUGACCUCAACACGCUGGACCCGGAGGAUGAGAUGGAGAACCAUCUCGAGUUUGCUCUGACUCCGGGCGAGAAGUAUGGUUGGUGGAGUGAACACACGCUGCCUGGCGAGAUGCGGAAGAUGGCGAUGGUGCACGGAGCAAUCUUUCAUCACCGAACGCAGAUACUACUGGAUACUGGAACUACGACAAGCAUUUUGGGCUUGGAUCUUGCACGCAGAUUGAAGCUCAAGCUACGCCGUGGUUUCAGACUCAGAGUAACUGGGAUGGGAGAUGCUCCGACCUACAUUACCGCCCAAGCUAAGAUCAAGCUGACGCUGGGAGUGCGCGUGGUGUACGUUAUGGAUGUCUGGGUUGGCAACAUCGGUGAAGGAGUUGAUUGUCUUCUCGGAAUGGACUUUAUGGUGGCAGCUGGAGUACGGCUCUGUGCUCGUCAAGGUAUUGUGAGGCUGCCGGACGAAGAAUCUCUGUUGUUGGUUGGAGGACCUGAAAUCGACCAUGUCGGGCUGGAAGGCAGCGUCUGGUUGAAUGAGACUGCCUACCUUUACCCUGGACAAUCUGUGAUAGUCCCGGUCAAAUAUCACCAAACUGACCCAGAGAAGGUGAUUCCCUGGGCCGGGUGCGGUGAUCAGUGGGUUACACAGUUCAUCUAUGGACCUGGGCGGAGGCCGAAGGCUGUCAAAGUGGUCAACAUCUCAGAGCGAGAAGUCAUGAUCCGCCAGCACACUGUGGUUGCUUGCCUUGUGGAGAAGGGUUACCUGCCCAACGGGAAGCGGUUCGCGCGACCUUACUCGUGGAAAUACAGCGAAUGGGCUCAACUCAUCUACGAAGCCGAGCCCUCUCCAGAUUUUCUGAGGCAAGAAGAGGAAGCGGCUCGGCUAGCUGAGCUCAACGCCCCACCCGCUGUGGAGAGGCCAGUCUACAAGCGACCUAUGAAGCUGCUGCUGCUGAAGCAGUUGAGGCGAGGCGGGUGA